AUAAAUUCUUUUCUAGUCUUUAAGUCGCAAAUAUUAAAUCUUAAGAUAAUAAAUCUGUGGACAAAAUCUUUUAUAGUGCAUCUUAUGUGUGCUACAAAAAUAUGUUUUAAUUUUGCCGCGCGAGUUCAUUAUAUACAAAAGUGUAUUUUUAAAACAUUGAGCAUAUCACUUUGACUUGCAUUAGAUGCAUAAAUUUAAGUCACUAAGUAUAUACAAAAAGAAAUAUAUUUCACGUAAAAUUAAAUAGUCAUUAUAUUAUAAGGUAAAAGUUGGUAAACAACAAUGAAUUAUCAAUAUAUUUACAAUAUUUUUAUGGUUGGAAUGGUGUUCCGCUCAAUAAGGGGGCAUAAAGAAAUACUUUUUGAUUUUACAACUGUAGAAAAUGUGGAUAAUUGGAGAGAAAUAUCUGAUACUGUUAGAACAGUAGGAAAAUCAAAAGCUGUUUUAGCACUACAAACAACACAAGUUUUUCAACGAGCUAUAUUCUUUACUCUUUUAAAUCCACAACCAAAUGGUGCAGGAUUUGCAGGGAUACGUACAAUGACUAAUUUAAAUUUAUCCAAUUUUGAAAAUAUUGAAAUCAAUUGUCGAGGACAAGGCAACAAUAGUCACUAUAAAAUUGUUCUUAGACACAAAGGCCUUCAUUCAAACGAAGAUAUAACAUAUGAACAAUUUUUUAUGGCACCAAUGUCAGAUAUUGACUUUUCAAUUGUAACAUUGCCUUUGAUAAAUUUUAAACCAUAUUAUCGUGGACGAGAAGUACCUGAUGCAGAACCAUUAGACACUGCAAACAUUACAAUGCUUGGUUUACAAGUGUUUGGCGGAGUUUAUUUACCAAAGAAACAAAAAGGUGUAUCAGCAUUAGAAGUAGAAAACAUUUUAGUAUCAUAAUUCCUAUAUUAAUAAUGAUUGAAACUAAAUUUACUGUAUUUUAGGCAAUUCACAAAAAGAAAAAACUGUAUUUUAAGUAACAACAUGUAUAAGGGAUAAUAAAACAUACACAAAUA